AUGAGCUUGCUGAUGCUCAUGCUUUUGUCGGCACUCGCUAAGAAUCAAGCGCAAGCACACGCUGUCUUCAAUAUCAAAGAUUUUGGAGCAGUUGGUGAUGGAAAGACUGACAAUAAAAAAGCUUUAUAUGAUGUCUGGAAUGGAGCUUGCCGCUCCAAAGGGACCAAUGUCAUCGUAAUCCCAAGCGGAACUUACCUGUUGGGUCCAGUGGUGCUCACGGGUCCCUGCAAUGGCGCGAUAGCAUUUCUGAUCAAAGGGGCUCUGAGAGCUUCUAAUAGCCCUCAACUCGGUAUCGACCAUUGGAUUACAUUCAGGUUCAUUGAUAGGCUGACGAUUACCGGAGGAGUGCUUGAUGGCCAAGGAGCUGCUUCUUGGCCGUAUAAUGACUGCAGCAAAAACCCCAAUUGCAAGGCACUCCCAGUGACGAUGAGAUUUGAUUUCGUAACGAACGCGUGGAUUCACGACGUGACAUCGCUCAACAGCAAGAACUUCCACUUCAAUCUUUUCUCCUGCAGAGACGUGACCUUUGAGCACGUUACCAUAACAGCUCCUAAGGACAGCCCAAAUACUGAUGGAAUCCACAUGGCUUUCUCCAGCAACAUUACCAUCAGAGAUUCGGCCAUAGGCACCGGAGACGACUGCAUAUCUCUAGGGCCUGGAAGCGAAAACAUAAAAAUGACAGGGAUUGCUUGUGGGCCUGGGCACGGGGUAAGCAUUGGGAGCCUCGGAGGUUCGCCAAAUGAACCCCCGGUAACUAAUGUGUUCUUAGGGAGCAGCACCUUCACCGGAACUAUGAAUGCCUUGCGGAUCAAAACGAAGGCUCCCUCAUACCAAGGCGUUGUUACAGACAUCACCUUUCAAGACAUCUUCGUCAAAGAUGCUGGCAAUCCUAUCAUCAUUGAUCAGCAGUACUGCCCUUCAAAAACAUGUAGCCCCCAGGUAUCCCUUCUCUUUAGCAACAUGCACGACAUUUUGCACCUACUAGAAGAUCACCUUCAUGCGAUACACCAAACGGGAGAAUAG